CUCUGACUCAAGAAGUGUGUUUUUGUGAAAAGAGGGAAAAAAAUGAAAACCCAUAUUUGCUUUCACCUUAUUCUCUUGUUUCUCUGCAUACACAGCCUCCAAACCUUUGUCCAUGGAGCUGGAGAAUGUGGGAGAACUUCCCCGGAUAGAGAAGCCAUAAAGCUGGCACCUUGCGCCAUGGCUGCUCAAGACCAGAAUUCUCGGGUUUCUGUAACUUGUUGCGAUCGGGUUAGACAGAUCGGGAAAAGCCCUAAAUGCCUCUGUGCUGUAAUGCUUUCGAAUACAGCUAAGAGCUCUGGAGCAAAGCCCGAGAUCGCCAUGACCAUUCCGAAACGCUGCAACAUCGCUGAUCGCCCCGUGGGUUACAAGUGCGGAGCUUAUACUCUGCCUUGAAGCAGCAGAAGAGAAGACGAUAAUGAAUCUUAUGAAGAGAGAGAGAUGCAUGGUGUUUCCCCUUUGGACAAUAACGAGUUUGUUUUGUGCCAUAAGCUUUCAGUAUAACUAUGGUGAUAAUCUUGAUGUAAAUAGUGUAAUGAAGCUUCAAGAGCAAAUGUUCCAUGUUAAUAAAGAGAAUGACAGAUGAGCUUAGUGGUGA